AUGCUUCAUGAGUUACUUUUAGCUUUAUCUGGCUUGUCUGGUGACUUAUUUGUGCCAUUUCCUCCACAGCCAGAAACGGCCACGACUUUUAAAAUUCCACCUGACUUUCCUUUUUUGCACGAAGCUGAAAAAACUUCCUUGGAGCGUCUUGCUGCUUUGGGUUUUUAUUAUCGGCGUAUUAUUCUUUUUUUGGAUAGACAGCGGGGUAGGAAAGAUUGUAACGUGGAAGAUACAAUAUUACUUCGUGGAUCAUAUAUACAUGCGUUUUGCAACGCCUUGAACGGAAUUCUUGCUGACUUUCAAAAGACAAUUAUAGAAUGUGAAAUUAGAAUUUUAAAUAAAGAAGAUAAUAUGGGUGGUGUGGUUCCAGUAUCACAAUUUGUUUCUGCCUUUGGUGAUUAUUAUAUAAUUUUGCCACACUUGCAUCAAUUGAUAAAUGAAAUAGAAAAAAAUCCAUCGAAUUAUUUUGGCUGUCGAAUCCUUAAUCUAAUUACUGAUAGAUGUAAUACUGGUAUACCUGAAUUACGAACAAUCAUGUUGAGAAUUUUGCAAGCUUGUCACGAAGUUAUGUAUAAACAUAUAACUUCAUGGAUGGUUUAUGGGCAUUUGCAAGAUCCCUUUGGUGAAUUCUUUGUAAAGGAUGAAACAUCUAAAAUUCAUACAAAAAAUCAAUCAAGAUGGCAUCGAUAUUUUAUUAUUGAUGAAUCUUUUAUUCCGAAUCAUAUACCACACGACGUAGCGAAAUCAAUCCUAUUUGUUGGUAAAGCUAUUGCAACGGUAAGGAAUGCUGCUAAACCACAUGAAAAAAAUACUACUUUACCACAUUCACUUAGUUCUCUACAUCUUCAAUAUCUUUUACAACUUUCAUCGAGACAAAUUUUUCGUCAAAUUGAACUUGAAAAUGUUGUCACUAUCAUACGAAAUAAUGUAGCACAGUGGUUAUGGCAAGUUGUGUUAACGGGUGACAAAGUUGUUGAGUGCUUAGAAGCAUUUAGGAACUAUUUUUUACUUGGGCAAAGUGAUUUUUCAUUAUCACUUGUUGAACAGUUUGAAAAAUUAACAGCGUCCAGGUCUAUGUCAUCAAAAAUUCUAACGGUUAGAGAACAAGAAUUGAAUUCUCUUUUGGUGCGUACAUCCGUGGGUACAUUGGCAGAGAGUGAUCCUGCUUUCGAAAAAUUCAGAUUCAAACUACCGAAUGUAAGCGAACAAAAAACUACGACGACACCGAACAACAUAUUUGAUACUGCCAUGCUUGGUGUCCCCCUUAGGCUUAAAUAUGAUAUUGGCUGGCCUCUAGAUUUGUUCGUCACUGCUGAAGAUUUGGAUAAAUACGGAUACAUCUUUUCUUUUCUAUUGUCUCUUCGCCGUACUCAGUUUCGGCUUCAAAAAGUUUGGUCACACCUCGCCAUGAUUAGAAAAUUUGGCAUUAAGCUCUCUAAAGAUAACAACUAUAGUAUGCUGAUGCCGUGGAAAGUUCGGGCUUCGAUGAUGUUCUUUGUAGAUUGUUUAUGGGGACAUAUACAGAUGAAUAUUAUUGAGUCGAACUUUCGAACACUUGUUAAUCGAAUCAACAUAUCAUCUCGAAUCAACGUAUCAUCCAUGAACAAUGAAAAAACGCAUAUAAGUGAAUCAGAAACCUUUCGUGACUUCGAAGAUAUUCGAAUUGGACAUGCAACUUACCUCGGGGAUUUACUGCGUGGAUGUCUUCUUGAAUCUCGGGCUUGUUCAGAAACAAUCAAAAAUGCUUUAAAUAUAUGUGAUCAAGUUUGUGGUUUAUUAGAAAGAUGGAGCGGUGGAAUGAUCGACGAUGAAAAAUUUUCACAAAUAACACAAUUAGAUAAACUACGGAAAACGGGUGACUCAAAUACUAGUAAUGGUAAACCUGGUAGCGGUACAAAUAAGCCUUCAUCGAAGAAUUCCGGAAACUCAACAGAACCUACUCCUGCCAUAGUGGUUAUAAAUGUGGGUGAACAGAGGGGGCAUACCUCCUCAGAUAGCACUUCGCCUAUUUCUCCUGCAAAUAACCAUAAGUCUCAUUCAAAAGAAGAGCCUCCCAAGAGGGACCCUUUGAAUCGUUUAAAAGGUGCUCCAAAAGAUGUUAUUCCUCUAAGUAAAGUUCCACGACGUCAAAGGUCAUCGAGAUUUCAUGCCUCAGGAGUAGUUGAAUUGGAAAAAUUACCUAAUUUCAACGAGGUUUCACCGGACAAAAGACAAGAACUUUUCCUAAGAAAACUUAAUCAAUGUUCGGUAAUUUUCGAUUUCAAUGAUGCAAGUAGUGACCUAAAAGGAAAAGAAAUAAAAAGGGCAACAUUGUCUGAGCUCUUGGAAUAUAUUACUACAAAUCGUGGAGUGAUUACUGAGCCAAUAUAUUCAGAGGUCGUUUCUAUGUUUGCUAUUAAUCUUUUUAGAACUAUACCUCCACAAGUUAAUCCAAUUGGUGAUGCUUUUGAUCCUGAGGAGGAUGAACCAGUUCUCGAACUUGCAUGGCCACACCUUCAGAUUGUUUAUGAAUUUUUCCUUCGAUUCAUUGAGUCGCCUGAUUUCAAUACAAAUAUUGCCAAGAAAUAUAUCGAUCAACAAUUCAUAUUACAUUUAUUGGAAUUAUUUGACAGUGAAGAUCCAAGAGAACGUGACUUUUUAAAGACUACAUUGCACCGAAUUUAUGGAAAAUUUCUAAAUUUACGCGCAUUUAUCCGAAAAUCGAUUAACAACGUGUUCUUCCAAUUUAUAUAUGAAACAGAACGUCAUAAUGGUAUUGCAGAAUUGUUAGAAAUUCUUGGAAGUAUUAUCAAUGGUUUUGCUUUACCAUUAAAAGCAGAACAUAAAACAUUCCUUACAAAAGUGCUGAUACCUUUACAUAAAGUCAAAUCAUUGACAUUGUAUCAUCCACAAUUAGCUUAUUGUGUUGUACAAUUUCUAGAAAAAGACCCUUCGUUGACAGAAGAAGUCAUUUGUGGCUUAUUAAGGUACUGGCCAAAAGUAAACAGUCCCAAAGAAGUGAUGUUUUUGAAUGAGAUUGAGGAAAUCUUGGAUGUUAUAGAACCACAGGAAUUUGUAAAAGUUCAGGUACCAUUAUUUCAACAAAUUGCAAGAUGUGUAUCAAGUCCACAUUUUCAGGUUGCAGAAAGAGCUUUAUAUUAUUGGAACAAUGAGUAUAUUGUUAAUCUGAUAGGAGAUAACGUAAACGUCAUUUUACCAGUAAUGUUCCCACCUUUAUACCAAAAUUCUAAAGCUCACUGGAAUCGAACGAUCCAUGGUUUGGUAUAUAAUGCGCUAAAGCUAUUCAUGGAAAUUAAUCCAGCACUAUUCGAUGAAUGUACGGCACAAUACAAACAAAGUCGUCAAAUGGAAAAGAAACGAAUGAGAGAAAGAGAGGAAACGUGGCAUAGAUUAGAAAGAACAGCUGCACAUAAUGCUCAAGGUCUUCCAUUACCUUAUUCAAUCGGUGGUCCUUCAACAUCUUCAAGAACUAAUGUAGCCAGUGAGUUAGUAGACAAUAAUUCAAGUGAGGAUGAGCCCGUAGAAGAACCAAAAACUGACGUACCAGAAGUUAUCGAUGAUGUACCCGGGGAAAUGCAACCAUUUGAAGGACCCGGUGAAUUCAAUCAGUUUCGUCGUAAAUCCAUCAUACCUGUUGAUGAAACUGUGUUAUCUGAACUAUCUAGGCAUCGUAGCUUGGAAGAAGUUCUUAACGGACCUCCUGACGGAAGCAAUUCAAAUACCCCUUAA